AUGGAAAUAAACGUUCAGUCACAAAAUGGGAUAAACAUUAUAACUAAGGAUUGUUUCCCUAAACCAAUGAUUUUCAAAUAAACCCUUUUAUAUUCCUAGCAAGGUCAACUCGACUAAUCUGGAAUCUAUGAAGAGAAAGUGCAAAAUGAAGGAGAAAUCUUUAAGGAUAACUUAUCAGCAAUACAGAAGUCUGAGUACUUCAAAGAAAUCUAUUAAAUUGAGUCCAAAAUAAGAAUAAUUUCUUGAAAAGGUCUCAUAUUCAUCAGUCUAAUGAUAAUAUUGAGAAGAUUAGAAGAGUUGUACUUAAGAAGAUUGACCAGCUGUACAUGACUAAAACUAAUGAUUCCUUCAUGUCCAAAAGACUCCGCAAGAAUUAUAAAAUCUCCCUGCCUAGACCCGUUGAUCAAAUCCUCACACCAGAAAAAGUAAUUGAAUUGUCAAAGGGGACUAGCAAGAGAAGACUACAGGCCAGGAAAUUAGCAUAUGAUACGAGGCAGAAGAUUCAGAUCCUCAAGCCAGGAAGAAUGACGUUUAAUAUGAACAUUAAUAUUUAAGUUGUUUUUAUUUGAAAAUGUUUGUAACAUAAACCAAUUUUUUAGCCAAAAUCAAAGACAUCCGAUAAUUCAAGGACCUGAUUUUAUUGUGAGCUUAUACCUAAUGAAGCAUGAGGAGCAUCUUCUAGUGCUUAAUUUUUAA